CUUUGAUUAACACACACUUGUAGGAGGUGGUUGUAAUUUUCACUGCGUCAUUACCCCAAAAUCUAAAAAGUAAAAAGAAAAAAGUAACAGAAAAAACAGAGCUUUUCACCAGUCAGGCUUACGGCGUUAAUAGAGUAGAGCGCUUCAAUAAAUUCAAAAUCAUUCCCUGUUCGUCAUUCCUUCAUCUAUCUUAGGGGCACUCUCAUUUUCUGCGAAAACCCAAACACCAAAUCAAAAACCCUCCAAAAAAAUCCAGUACAGAAUCGAUUAAAACAAUGUCCAAUGACAGCACUGAAUUCGACGAUUUCUUCUCCUCGUUGAUUUCAGACAUCAAAAACUACAGCGGAGCAGACCCUCUUCUACCUUGGCUUCGCGGGAUUCGUAAAAUGAAGAACACGUUACCACCUCAGCUACUGAAAGUGAAACUGCCUCGGUUCCUGCAGAAAUGUGCCCAGACUUUUCAGACUGAUCGACGUUACUCUAACGAUUUGCGAUACCUUCGUGUUUGGCUUCAAUUGAUGGACUUUGUGGACGACCCAAAAUCUGCAUUGAGAACAAUGGAGACAAACCGCAUUGGUUUGAAGAAGUCACUUUUCUACCAGGCUUAUGCACUUUAUUUCGAGAAGAUGAAGAAAUUUGAGGCUGCUGAGAAAAUGUAUCAUUUAGGAGUGCAGAACCUUGCAGAACCUCUUGAUGAGUUGCAGAAGUCAUAUGAACAAUUUCUUCAGCGAAAAGAACAGUACAAGAAUAAAAAAAAUCGGUAUCAUGGAGGAAAAACUGGAAAUUUACAACCUUCUUUUGAGGUUUGUCAAGACUCUGGUGGAGGAAGCAAGGAAAAUGAAUGCUCAAAACCAACUAGAACAUGGCAGGAAGAGUCUUUGCUUGGAAUGAAUGGCUGUAAUGUGAAUAUGGAGACCUUGAAAUCGUCCUUGAAAAACUCUGGCGCUGGUGUUGUUCCCCAAAUUUGUUCCAAGGAGACCAAACAAGAAUCCAAUAAGAUUACAAACCAUGAUAAUGAGGAUACAGUUUUGGGUAAAUUUUUAGAUAAGGCAAUUGUUGGCAAGUCCGAUGCAGAAGAUGCAAGGCAUCAUGGUCUGGUGGAACCAACUAUUAACACUAAGGAGGUUAUGGAUGCCAUCAAUAGUAUGUUUCGGGAGCCUCUAGAACCCUCACAUAGAGAUCAAUCUAAGACAGAAAAGUCCUUGAACAGUGGGCUUGGGAUCUUAAAUGAUGGAAAGUUAGAAGCAAAAGACGUACUAUUAUGUCAAAAGUCGAGAAAGAAUUCCACAACACAAGCUGAUAGGUCUACUAAUCGUCAUCCUUUGCAGGAACCUUUGCAGAUAUAUAUAGAUGAUGAGGAAAACAGGCAUACGAUGGAGAUGGUUGAUGCAAAGGUUAAUUUAGAUGACGACAAUGACCAAAAUAGGAUUGGUGAUGGUAAAGUUUGUGGAGAGAAUUUCAAGGGCUUUGUGUUUCCACAUCCAUUGGAUGUUCCUUUGAAUAGUUCCAAGAGCAAUGAUGUCGCAAAACCAUGCCACCUACCGAUUAGAGAAGAUACAGCUGUCUACAGGUUUGUAGGUUCCACUAUAUCCAGUGAGCCUGAGGUGGAAAAUGUAUGUCAUCAUGGCCUGGUAGAACCUACCAUCAACUUGAAAGAGGCUAUGGACGACAUUAACAGCAUGUUUGGAAAGCCGAUAGAAUUUGUAAGGCAAACGAGGUCAAAGAGGAAGGAAGAGGCAAAUCACAACAUGAGCAGUCCCAGUGCAUUUCUAAUACUUCCCGACGAUAAAUUGGCACAAGAACAUGAGAAAUCCUUCCCACAUGCAUCAACUAAGAAUGAAAAUGAUCUAUUUGAGCAAACGGUUUGCACGAGGGAGGCAAUGGAUGAAAUCAACAAGAUGUUUGGCAUGCCACUUGAUUUCUAAAUUGCUGGUGAGUGCUGUUAUCCUUUGGGAUUGUCAAUUCGCUAACUACUUUAUUUUCAGGCUUAUUAUGUGAACUGAGUAAAAUGCCAUUGUUGAUGGGAUGAUGCGGAAAUGAGAGUCAAGCAAACAGUGUGGUUUUUCAUUUCAAUGGCAUUUAAAUGUAGACACAUUUUCUCUCGUCAUUGUCCCAUCAUGAGAUGUAUAAUACACGAAACGUUGAUUAGUGUAAAAUACAAAACAUAUCUGGAUAAAUUAUGAUGCCCUAUCACGUUAAGGGAAUAAACAGAUGUUUCAAUAUGAAUUGGGAAACUCACAAAUCUUGCAUCCAUAUCUGUUAAUUGUAGAAAAUAGGUGGAAAAACGGGGAUAACAGAAUAAUUGAUUCAGCCUCUGGAUGAGAAUUGCUAGGAUCAAUAAUUUUUUAUGCACUGAGCUGGACGGAAAGCAAAGGGGCCUGUAGCGUAAACCACAGCUUCAUAACUGCUUCCAACCAAUUUUUUGUUUUCAUACCGCAGAGAUGCCCCAUGGAGUCCAUAGUUGACAUUCGUGAGGACAUUGCAACUUUCCAGGGGAGAUGAAACAAUUUUCACAUGGCAUGAAUGCAGGGGAUGGUCUAUUAGGGGGUGGACCAUCUUGAAGCCUUUCAGCUCUGCGUAGAAAUAUCCUUUCGCAUCUGUUUGAAAUGCCUUGUAGAAGAUGACUAUCUUCCUGUAAUUUAUGCAGAGAACGCUGAUUGUGGCAUUUGCAAUUGGCGUAGCUCUUGUGAGAGACCAUGUUCCAUAGUGUUGGCAGCUCUGGCAGUAAACUAGGCCUUCAACCACUGCAUCAACUUCUUUUAUGAUUUUUCCUGGGAGGUUGUGUCCUUUGUCACUCGGAAUAGCACAGGCCAAUGCAGCCAAUGAGAGUAAAAGCAUUGAGACCUUGAGUUGGCUGCUGGCCAUCUUUUUGGGGGGUUUUGAAUUUUCAGGGAACUGGGAAGAUAAUUGCUUGUUCCUUUGCAAUCCAAGAAGUUUAGUUUGAGUUCUUUUUAUAGAUAUUGGUGUUGCAAUUCACCUUGUCAGUUGGUUAAGCAUAUUAGAAGGUGGGAUUGACGUGGGAACUACUAAGCAAACAUUUUCGACUCCUAAUACGCCUGCCUUCCCAAUUAUUGUAUUGCAAAAGGCAAAAGUGAUGUGCACGUUUUCAACUUGAACCCUUUUUCUUAUUUUGGGGGCUUUAGUCUUCUAUGUUGUAGUUGGGUUCCAUGAUCUUAGUAGAAACGAAGACGAAAAUUGUAUAUCUCGCAUGUUGGCACGCGACGCAGGACCAGAUUUAGGUGCAAAAAUUUCAUUAUAUCGUGGUUGGAUUGGAUUGUUGUUCAGAACAUUCGAAUCUGAUUUGUCCAAAAAAGGGUUGUUGGAACAACAGAACAAUUUAUAGAGCCUUGGGCAUUGCCAAUUUAUAG